CUUCUCGCAGGCCUCGUGAUGCGCACUUGGAAGGCAGUGGGCCUAUCAAAACCACGCUGUGACGCGUCACGAGGCCAAAUAGACGAUCUGAUUGGUGGAAACCGGGUGGGGGAACAGCCCCUGCCCUUUUAUAGACGACACCGGCCUGUGCGUAAAAGUUCUUGGGCAGCGCCGACAGCGCAGAGACGCACUGGACACUGUACACUAACAUAACCAUCUCCAGUCCACUGAGCGGGCCAGACGGACGUGCAGGGCCUCAUCCUGUGUCGUAAAGAUGAAUCCUGAACAGGGGCCGCAGCCCCACGACGCCACACUGCUCCAUCAGAAAGAAGAGACGGACACGGAGGGCGAGGAUGUGCAACCAAAAGACAUGACGACCGAGAAAGGAUAUAAACUCCAGCGGAGCAGCCUCCCCUUCAGCGUCGAAUCGCUUAUUUCCAAGAAAACCACCUGUCGGACUUCUUAUCCUCCCUCAGAUUUAGCCGCGGCGCUGCCGAAGCCCGCGGCGGCGGCGCCGAGCGCUGCGCAGUUCGCACCAAGGACUUUUUACGCGGAGAGGAAAGUUUCCCCGGAGAGCGCACAGAGUGUUGUUCCCAGCGGUCCCAGGGAGGACAGUCCGCAAUUUUCUGAAAAAGACCAGAGCACUUGGUACCAGACGCCGUCGUUUUCUACUCCUUCUCGCAGCUCAAGUCCAACUCAGUGUACUUUACGGAAACACAAAAACAACAGGAAACCUCGCACGCCGUUCACUACCUCGCAGCUGCUCGCCCUCGAGCGCAAGUUUCGUCAGAAGCAGUACCUGUCCAUCGCCGAGAGGGCCGAGUUCUCCAACUCUCUCAACCUGACUGAGACUCAGGUCAAAAUCUGGUUCCAAAACAGGAGGGCCAAGGCGAAGAGACUGCAGGAAGCCGAGUUGGAAAAGUUUAAACUGGCCUCCAAACCCGUUCUGCCCGCCUUCGCGCUGCCGUUCCCCCUCGGAGCGCAUAUGGGGUCACCAACGUGGGGGCCCUCAAACGCCUUCCCCAGACCCACUCUUCCGGUCCCUGGACUGUUUAGUGGACCAGUCACCUAUGGGAUGUACUAUUUAUCUUAGUAUUACUGUAUGAUGUACUUCACUUAAUAUGGAUGAUGCGCUUUGA